AUGGCUUCAGGUCGCCGUGCGGAGCAGCGCCGCGGAGCCCGGGGUCUCCACGUACUCUUCUUCUGUCUGCUCUACGUCGCCACGACUGCUUCACAGGAUAGCGGCCCCGGUUCCGCUGGUUCCACCACCACGUCAACUGCUACACCCCCUCCAACCACAAGAACGACAACAACACCCCCUACGGCGACAGAGGCUUCGACGCCGCCGCCAGAAACAACAGAGGCUGCCACACCGCCACCAGCUUCGACUCAAACUGCUACCCCACCUCCAGAUAGCACUGAAGAUUCCACACCACCUCCAGCCAGUACUGAAGAUGCCACACCACCUCCGGAAACAACGGAGGAUGCCACACCGCCCCCGAAUAGAACUGAAGGCGCAACCCCACCACCCGAUACAACCAAAGUCGCUACGCCACCUCCAGGGACGACGGAAGAUCCUACAUCGGCUCCGGUUGCAACGCCCCCUCCCACGACGACUGAAAGUGCUACACCACCCCCUGCUCAAACUGAAGACGCGACACCGCCACCCGAGACGACUGAAGCCCCUGCGACCGUACCACCGACCCCAUCUACCUCAUCGCGAGCCACCACGUCCCCGACAGCAGCUCCAAGCCCAACCGAACCAGCUACAACAACCGAAGUGCCUGUCGUAGAGCACUACAACUCGUCAACGUUGCCUCCCGGGGUGGACUCGAGCCUACUGGACGGCGCUGAACUGGUUACAGUGGAGGACAGGCGAGACACUGCAAAGCAUCGCGCUGAGUCCUUCGACCACUCCGUCAUCUGGGAGCUCGUUAUCGGACGCCAACAAGUCCACCACGACUUCUAG